UUAAGAAAUUGAAAAACUAGGAAUUGAGAGACAAAGGGCAUGAAGGAUAUGAAGCCGUUGAUGGCGAUGGUGGGUGUAGAUUUGGGUUUUGCCAUAGUGACUAUUCUGAUGGAGACCGUAAUUAAUGAUGGAAUGAACCACUUGGUUCUCAUAACUUAUCGCCUUGGAAUUGCUGCCAUUUCUUUGGCCCCCAUUGCAUACUUUUAUGAGAGGGAUGGUCGAGCGAAACUCUCCUUCCGCAUCCUUUGUUACUUGUACUUAAGCUCCAUUAUUGGGGCUUCGCUCACCCAAUAUUGCUUUCUUUUGGGCAUCGAACACACUUCUGCCGCUUUUGCCUGUGCAUUUCUAAACAUGAUCCCUGUUGUCACUUUUAUCAUGGCUCUUCUAUUUAGGAUGGAGACGGUGGAGUUGAAUUCAAACAGUGGAAAAGCAAAGACGCUAGGGACAGUGGUUUGCAUCUCUGGCGUGGCGCUGUUGAUCGCGUACAAAGGGCCGGCUUUGGCCAACAGUUCGUACACAGCCAAAAAAGCCGCUGCCACCGCGGUGAAGAAGACGAGUUGGACGUUGGGGUGCAUAGCUCUGGUUGGUGGAACCCUGCUGUGGUCGUCCUGGUAUCUCCUGCAGUCUGACAUCGGGAAGAGAUAUCCGUACGAGUACACCAGCACCGCCAUCAUGUCCUUCUUUGCCGCCACUCAGUCCGCCGUCUUCGGCCUCCUCACGGACGCCACGCUUUCCUCCUGGACCCUUCGUGGCAGCAUUCAAAUCCUCACUGUUCUAUACUCCGGGAUGAUCGGAUCGGGGCUGUGCGUGGUGGGAAUGUCAUGGUGCGUUAAAAAGAGAGGUCCAGUUUUCACUGCAGCCUUCAACCCACUGGUUCAGAUAAUUGCUGCCGUGUUCAGCAUUCCCGUCUUCCACGACCCACUCUAUCUCGGAAACUUGUUGGGGUCGGCGAUUGCGAUAAUUGGACUCUACAUUUUGCUAUGGGGGAAGGAAAUGGAGAGGUGUCCUUCACAGGUGGUUGUUAUGGAGGGAAGUGUAUCUACAACUGCUCAGACGAUGGAAUUACAAGAUUAACCAUUGGAGGAAGGAAAAAAAAUACUAAAAAUAAAAUAAAAAUAUGAUA